AUGAAGCUUACAUUCAAUAUACCGUUGGCCAUAACCAGACAAUGGUUGUAUAUGCUAACGCUAUUAAUAUCUAUAUUUGGUAUUCUUUUGCCUAUUUCGAUUGUUGCAUAUUUGAAUUUUUAUAAGGUUCUAAUUCCCAAACCAAUAACAAGAAUACCUCUAAGGUUCGAUCCUUUUUCAUCUAACGAAGUGGGGAUGAAAAGUUCAUUGCAUUUGAAUAAUAUGUACGAAUUAUUGAAAGAAGACCCUACGAUUAAAUAUGAAAUUGGUUUGAAUUUGAACGUUGUUUGUAAUCGGAAAAACUAUGAUGAUAUAUAUAAUAUCAAUUCAGCGUUUUCUAUUGAAGAUAAGUUAGUAUCAGACAACUCUUUCUUAUUGAAUUGCGAUACGAGAUUCAUAUAUAACGAGAAUAACCGGUUCAUUCCUUACAGGUUGAGGUUUUGGGUUCCCCCCAUAUUGACUAAUAUCGACAAAUUGAUAAAUAUUAAAUCCCCUUUAACUGUAGUUACAGGUAAACAGUUACUUGAAUUAAUGUCUGAAGAUGAGAGGACAAGCAAUGCAUUAUUACGCCUAGAUAAACGUUUAGUUAUCGAUAACAAUAAUAGUUUUCUAGAGAUGAAAAUACAGUGGGAUGGCAUGCGCUACUACAUGCUUAACUAUUAUUUCACAUCAUUAUUCAUUGGAGUAUUAAUUUUUUGGAUACCAAGUUCCUUUAUCUGCUUAAUUAGCAGUAUGAUAGUACUUUUAAAAUCCACAGGUGGAAAGAAAAACGACUAA